AUGCAGGCUUCUCCAAAGAGAGAAACGGAUCCCAAGAAAAGGAUAGUGAUAACUGGAAUGGGCCUUGUUUCUGUUUUCGGAAGUGACAUCGACACUUACUACAACAAACUCCUUGAUGGAGUGAGCGGUAUCACUCCCAUUGACAGAUUUGAUACAUCAGAUUUCCCUGUUAAAAUCGGGGGUCAGAUUCGCGGCUUCUCUUCUGAGGGAUACAUCAACGCCAAGGAUGAUCGGCGUCUCGACGAUUGCUGGAGAUAUUGCUUGGUUGCAGGCAAAAAGGCUCUUGAUGAUGCUACCCUUGGCAAAAAGGCACGUUUUUUAGAGUUGAAUAAGUGGGAACGAAAAGGCAAUGAGGAAAUUUGA